AUGGUCCUGGGAAACCUCCUUGUGUUUACAGUGACCUUUGAUCCUCAUUUACAUCCCCCCAUGUACUUCCUUUUAGCUAAACUCUCCUUUAUUGAUUUGUGUCUUUCCACCUUAAGGGUUUCUAAGAUGAUUGUGACCUGGGUGUGUCACCAGAUGUUUGCCCUUCAUGUCCUGGGUGGAUCUGAGAUGGUCUUGCUCAUUGCUCUGGCCUUGGACAGAUAUGUGGCCAUAUGCAAGCCCCUCCACUACCUGACUAUCAUGAGCCCACAGAUGUGCAUUUUGCUUCUGUCCGGUGCUUGGGUUAUUGGACUCAUUCAUGCAGUGGUCCAGGUAGCUUUUGUUGUCCAUUUGCCUUUUUGUGGUCCUAAUGAGAUAGAUAGCUUUUACUGUGACCUUCCUUGGCUUAUCAAACUUGCCUGCACAGACACCUACAGAAUGGAAUUCAUGGUUAAUGCCAACAGUGGGUUCGUUUCCAUGGGCACCUUCUUCUUAUUGCUCAUCUCCUAUAUCUUCAUCCUGGUCACUGUAUGGAAACAUUCCUCAGGUGGUUUGUCUAAAGCCUUUUCUACUCUGUCAGCUCACAUCACUGUGGUGGUUUUGUUCUUCGGACCGUGCAUCUUUGUUUAUGUGUGGCCAUUUCCCACAGUGCCAGUGGAUAAGUUUCUUGCCAUUUUGGACUUUAUGAUCACACCCAUUCUGAAUCCCAUUAUCUACACGUUGAGGAACAAGGACAUGAAGCUGGCAAUGAGGAGAUGGAGUUUGAGGAUGAUCUUCUAA